AUGCACAGCCGACUGAGGCUGGGUAGUAUGUAUGCGGUGGUGUGGUGUGUGUACGAUGGCAAAACGAGACCCCAUUAGCCGUGGUGGCUAACGGGACGUUUUUCCCUUGUACUUUUCUUUCUACUUUUUUUUCGUUUCAUUUUUCUCUUGCUCGCAGGCCGACUGUGAAGUAUAUCUUCUGUUUGGGUUUAUACUUAUAUUUUAUGCGUCGUAUGGCAAUUUCUUAUCUUCUGGGAAAAUCAGACUGGUGUAGGACAGCAGUCAUCCUCGUGAGUACAGUAGUCUUUAUGAACGAUGCCUAUGUAGACAACGGAGACAACCGGACCACGACCCAAGUAAGAUCAGCAAUCCAAGCACCGAGAAUCCCCACACAAAAACAGAAAACACGGGACCCCCAUCGCGGAGAAUCCGUCCCCCGAGCUGCGGGUGCAGUUGACAGCGCCUUCCGUUGAUGGAGGACCCAGCGUAUCCUUGUCCGAAAGCCGAUGGGCGAGCAC